CAGUGUAAUGCAUUAGUCGGAACAGUUCGGGAUCUGGAAUGGACUCUAACACCUUAUAGUUCCCAAGGUGUCAUCAAAAUUAAAAUAUAUUUUGAUGAUGAUUGCUCGUAUUAUUACUUACUAUCCAACAUUUUUCUGCCACACAUUUACUUAUUUAUUUCGUAAACUCCAGGAUGUACGCAUGAUCGUGUGGAUAUAUUUGUAGUAAUGUGAUUGGGAAUUCGUACAUAUAAACAAUUAGCAAUAAUUCUGCAAUAGAUACUUAAAGCUCACUAGUCUAUAUAAUUUAUAGGUAAUAUAUAAAAAUUAGAACAAAAUGGAAGCAGAAGAAGUCCUCUUAUUGAUAAUGAAGAAAUUAAAGGAAUACAAGGCCAAUCCAAAAAAAUCUACAUUUCAUGAAAAAGCCAGGCAAAAGAAUCUAAUGAAAAUGUUUUGCAUUUAUACAUCAUUAAAGAAAAAAGAGCGGGCUAAACAAAAACUUAGGGAACAAAGCCAUACAAAUAAUAUUGAAGCAUCUGCAAUGUCACAAGAUACAAAUCAAAGUUUUGAUGAAGUAUUAGAUACGGAAGAACCAAUUGAUCAUUCAAAUAAUGGUUCUAUCAAUUGUCUUGAAACAUGUAAAGCUGUUUAUGAUUCCAAAAACUUGACAGCACACAAUAGCGGAGGAAGUAUCAACAGUGUCAACAAGAAUCAAAAUGAAGCAGAGAAUGAUCCUGUAGAAUCCGAGCAUGAAUUUAUUAUAGAUAUAAGACAAUCAAAUGAAUAUGAAAAUACUGAAGAUACUGAUUGUUCUGCAACUCCAAGUACCUCAUAUGAUUUGUAUGCGGGUAACUCUAGUGCAAAUGACCAAAACAAUGAAGAAUUAGAUGGAUAUACGAAUGAGAGUGACAAUGAAAAUUCAGCUUCUGUUGAUGGUUUCCUUAUGAAGUUAGGCGAAGGACUAAAAAGAUUACCAUAUAAUCAAAGAUCAAGACUUGAAAUAGAAUUUCUAACUCGUUUGUAUGAAGUUGAAGAUGACUUAGGAGUACUUGAUGAUUAAGAGUUUAAUAACUGUUAAAUAGCUUUUUUUGUUUAAGUGUCUAAUUUUUAUAGAUUCUAUAUAUUUUAGUGUGAUUACAGAUUUAAAUGUGUUUCAUUUUUGCAUUGAGUUUGUGCAAAAACUUGAACUAGAUUUAUACUAAACAAUGAAUUGAAAAUACUUAUUUUUAAGUCAAGACUUUAACAAAAUACUUAUUAAGUUAUGAUAUAUUCAUAAAUGACUUGGAUAAAUUUUAUGUAUGUACAUACUGUGAUUUAUUUUUUAUUAAUUAUUUUGAAGUAUUACAUUUUAAUAGGAUCAUCAUUUUGUACAAAAUAUUACUUUGAUGGGGAAACUUUUUAAAUUGAUAUAUUCCAUCUAAGACAGUAUAUAUUAUUGUCUUUCAAAUUUGUAAGAUAUUCUCAAUUAUUAUAUACUCUAUUUUAGAUUUUAAAAUUUGUAUUUUGUUUAAUACCAAAAGAUUAUAAGAGAAUAUAUUAUUAUAUUUUUAAUAAUUGCAUUUGAUAUAUUGUUAAAAUAAAUCAUCGUGUUAUAAAAUGAUAAAUGUACAAAAUAUAAAUGUACAUUAAUAGUACAUACUUAAGAUUACAAUAAAGUUAUUGUUAUCUGAAUGUUUAAACUUUUUUUGCCUUCUAAAAUAAUUUUGGAUGACAAAAUUUAUACAAAAUAACAAUGAUAAUAUAGUAUAUUGAAAGUAUAUUCCUAUAACUGUACAAAUAUCUAUGUGUGAUCGUGGUACGUGCUUUUUAAAAUUUGUAUCUAUAGAAGCGCCAUCUUCAAAUCAAGGAAGAAAUUAUAAAUGAAAAGGCGGCAUUUGUGCGGUACUAUAUUAUAUGCAAGAGAAGAGCAAAAGUAUAUAACUUGUGUAUACAAGCAAGGUGCCAAAGAAUACUUAUUUUUCUUUAGAGACUGCAAAUUUUAAUAUUUAUAUAAUGUCUCUUUGGGUGGAUAAAUAUCGACCAACCAGCCUUGGAAAAUUAGAUUAUCACACCGAUCAAGCUCAACAAUUGAAAAACAUGGUGCAACAAGGAGAUUUUCCACAUUUAUUGAUUUAUGGACCCCCAGGAGCUGGGAAAAAGACUCGGAUAAUGUGCAUACUAAAGGAACUUUAUGGAAGUGGAGUUGAGAAAUUACGAAUGGAACCAAUGCAGUUUGAAACACCAUCCAAGAAGAAGAUUGAAAUUAUGACCAUUAGUAGUAAUUAUCAUAUUGAAGUUAAUCCCAGUGAUGUUGGUAUUUAUGACAGAGUUGUUGUUAUGGAUUUAGUAAAAACAACUGCACAAACACAUCAGAUUGACCCAACUGGUCAAAGGGAAUUCAAAGUGGUGUUAUUGACAAAUGUUGAUCAUUUGACCAAAGAUGCACAACAUGCCCUUCGUCGAACUAUGGAAAAAUAUGUUGGUACCUGUAGAUUAAUAUUAUGUUCUAAUUCCACUUCAAGAGUUUUACCAGCAAUAAGGUCAAGAUGUUUAGGAAUCAGAGUUCCUGCCCCAACUACAGAUGAAAUAAAAAGUAUUUUACAUUCUGUAGCCAAAAAAGAAAGUCUUACUAUUCCAGAUGAACUAGCUUCAAGACUUGCAGGAAGUAGUGGAAGGAAUCUGAGGAGAGCUAUUUUGAUGUUAGAAGCCUGCAAAGUUGAACAAUAUCCCUUUACCGCAGACCAAAAAAUUACAGAACCUGAUUGGCAAAUUUAUAUAAAAGGUAUUGCAAGUAUGAUGGUUUCUGAACAAAGUCCCAGAAAAUUACUAGAAAUAAGGAAUAGAUUUUAUGAACUCUUGACACAUGCAAUUCCUACAGAUUUAAUAUUUAGGGGUUUAUUACAAGAAGUUACAAAAAAAUGUGAUUUACAACUAAAAAUCGAAAUUGCGACAGUUGCAGCAGAAUAUGAACAUAGAAUGCACUACGGUUCUAAAGUUAUUUUCCAUUUGGAAGCUUUUGCUGCAAGAUUCAUGGCUAUAUAUAAGAAAUAUAUGGAUGCCUCUUUAGAGGGAUUCAUGUAAAAAUCACAAUUACAAAUUAUGUUUUUAGUAAUAAAUUAUUCAUAACUUAUUAAGUCGUUGUAAUACUUUUUCUAAUAAAUAGAUUUAUUUUACAAAGUA